UGUGUGGGUUGCAUCCUGCUAUCUGCAUUCUUUCUUGCUGACUGAGACUCAAUUGCUAGGUUUUCAGAUUAGUCUUCCCAGGAAUUCAAGUGAGUGUGAGGAGGGAUGUAGCAGGCUUUGGGCAAGUAGGGAUGACACCAUUCCUGGCCUGUGAGGAAGAAGGUCCUUGAGCGAUUACCCUCUUCCUCUUGACAGUGUGAAAUAUGAGUUGGCAAAUAAGGUCAACAUUCAAGCCUAGAGCAAGACGAAAUGAUCAAAACUCUUUCCAGCUAGUUGGGCCUGUGGUUCCCAGUAUUGAACAACGUCAGCAAGAGGAGCCACCAACUGACCUUCAGGAUAGUAUGCCUGAUCAAGAGAAAAAAGAUAAAGUAGCACCUGUGGUUCAAGGGCCUUCCCUGGAACCUGAUCAACAGGAACUGGUUCUUCCAAAGACUCGUCGUGAGCAUGGAGACGGUCCUGAUGUCAGAGGGAAGAGACUUGCAAAUCUAGAGUCCCUUAAAAUGCCGGAAGCAGGUGAAGGGCAAUCACAGGUUUAAACGAAGACAAGUUGAAACCAUGCAGACUGCUUUUGUGUUGGAAGUUUGCCUGUUAAACUUCUCUCAAUAAAGUUUUGCCAUCUUGUCCAAA